AUGGGUGUAUUUAACAAGAUCUUAUUCGCAUUAGUGGCAGCGUAUAUUCUCAACUCAGCUUACACCUUUUAUCAGAUAUUCUUCUACGAUAAUUGCACAGUCGAGGCCUACUGUAUAUACGUAAGUAGUCAUUUCUUAUUUUAAUAUACGUGAGUUAUAAUAUUAAAUAGUGUUGCAUAAUCGUAUAGUUCUAAAUUGUAAUAUUAAUGCAUAAAACAUCGUAUUUCAGCCAUUAAUAAAACAAGUAAACCAAGAAUAUCCACCUUUACAACUACGAGUAUACCUGGGGGCGACAAAAGGCUACAAGAAAGAUGACAUUGAAAAUGUGUUUGUAAAGAAGAAUGUUAAUAUAUAUGAGGCGUUUGAAGAAAAUAUAGUUUAUAAGACGACAGCGCUGUUACGAGGCAAUGGCACUCUCCAAGCUUACUUUGUACUGGCCGAUAACGAUUUCGAAGGGGAAAAUCUCAAAGAAGCCGUAGGUUUACUCGGUUUAUUGUCGAAUCUACUUAAAGUUUUUAUUUUUAAUUCGUAAAAGUUAUAUUUAUCAAUAGUUUUUUAUAUUUUAGAAAUGGCAUGCGACUGACAGUAACGUUGUCUCUAGAUACGAAGUGCCAAAAGACAAAGCUUUUAGUCUAGUCGGGGAUGAAAAGGUAGAAAAAGUAAGUUAUCUAACAGGUGUAUUGGUAUAGAAUUGACAUUCACAGCUUACUGUCAGCACGAUAUUCACAGUAAAAUAAUUUAGAAGGUCGAGAAGCCGGUAACACACAUUUCCACUUUAAUUCCAGUGGGUAUCGUGACGGAUGACUUGAUCUUCGACAGUAGGAGGAUACCAGAUGAGUUGCGACGAUCGUUGAAGACCAAAAAUAAGAAUGGCAAGAAGUACUACACCCCGAUAGUUACAGUAGACGUUAUGAGGCUACGGGAGAAGAAUGAAAUUGAAGUUGAGAGCACGGUGGAUAUCGUGAAUCUUACGAUAAGCUACAAACCCAUCAUGUUUGGACGGCAUCGAUUGUCAGUUCAGAUGGACAACUCGUUUAGGGAAUUGGAGAAGCUGGGGUUCGGACAUAAGGACUUUGAUGAUGUAGGUAUACCUAUAACAAUUGUGGUGAUUAUAGCUGUUGUCUAACCAUUUUACCUUCAAAAUUAUAAAAUUCUUUACAUACUCUACCGUAUUUUAGAUGAAAGGGAUAUUCACCGACUUGAACUUUACUUUUUUGAUCAUGAUGGUUGCCGUGGCGUCAGUCCAUCUUCUGUUUGACUUCCUGACCUUCAAGAACGACGUUCAAUUUUGGCAGAAACGAAAAACCAUGGUCGGGAUAUCAACUAAGACCUUGCUAUGGCGGUGUUUCAGUGAGAGCGUGGUGUUCUUGUACCUUCUGGAUGAACGUUCUAGCUAUCUGAUCCUGAUACCCUCAGGCAUUGGUGUUAUCGUGGAGUAUUGGAAGUUGGGAAGGGCCAUGAAGGUGGAGUUUACCCUGAAGAACGGAUGGAUGCCUAGUUUUAAGUACGGUGCUCUGAACGAAGAAGAAGAGAAGACGGAAGCGCUGGAUUCAGAAGGCAUGAAGUACUUGACCUACCUUCUCAUCCCGUUGUGCAUUGCUGGUGCUAUUUAUAAGUAAGUGUUCAGACACGUUUUAUCCUUUGAGGAGUGCUACACUAUUUGUUAUUGUCUACAGUUAUUACUGUCGUAAUGUUGUUUGGUAUUGAUUUCUUGAGAUACUCAAGUUCUUUAAUAAUAUAUGUUUUCAGUUUGAUAUACGUACCUCAGAAGUCGUGGUUCAGUUGGAUCGUCAAGUGUCUGGCUAACUGCAUUUAUGCGUUCGGGUUCUUGUUUAUGUUACCUCAACUCUUCCUUAACUACAAACUCAAGUCGGUUGCUCAUCUGCCGUGGAAAGCAUUCAUGUACAAGGUAUGCUUUAAAAAGUACAGUAACUUGAUAACACAUUUUCUUACCUGUUAUGCAAAAAAUAUUCAAAUUCAGGCAUUUAACACGUUCAUUGAUGACGUAUUUGCAUUUGUCAUCACGAUGCCAACCGCCCACAGACUGGCCUGUUUCCGUGAUGAUUUGGUCUUCAUCAUCUUCUUGUACCAAAGGUACCUCUACCCAGUAGACAAGAGCAGGGUCAACGAGUUCGGAGAAUCAUUCGAGCCAGAAGCCAUAAAGAAGGAAGAGUAA